CCUUCCUCUGGGGAUCUCAGGAUAGAAUCAAAGUCUGCAGAGAGAAAUAGGAAUGAGUACCAUGAGGUGUUUAUAACUGCUAUGCACACACCGCCAGGAAGAUGUCCCAGCACAGGCUACAGGGAUAUUUCCAGGGGAGGUUUCCAAAUCAUAAACCCUGUUAUGGUUCCCAUAUGGUCCAAAUCCAUGUUGUGGUGCAGAGUUGCUGCCAUGGCAACUAGCUCAACGGCUGUUUGGUGAUGCCCAGGACCAGGUUCCAGGAGGCCUAGGAUAAACCGUCGGUCAUCCCUGCUCCAUUCUGGGUCUCAGCCUUCCCAAACUUCCCACUGGGAACAGGAUUAUCCUUGAGAAAACAACAGCCCUGUUGCCUUGCCAGAGAGGAGCAGCAGCACCCUGCAGCAGGGUGGUCCCCAGGAAGGAUUCCUCCUCUCUUCCCAAGGUCUCAGCAGAGCAAACGGUGAAGUUAAACAGGAAAAAUGAAGGGCUCAAAGCAGCUGAGAGAGUCCAGUUCGCUGCACACAAUCUCAGACUUCCCUGUGACAGAAAGACAGGCUCAGAUGGAGUUCUACAGGCUGCAGAAACAGCUCCAGAUUGCUGUGGAUAGGAGAAAAUCUUCUGGUGCCAACUUGAGGCAACAAAUGAAAACUCAGGAAAAAGAAAUCCAGUCACUGAAGGAAGAACAUAAAGACGUAGCAUUAACGCUGGGCAGGGUCGGGUCCUUGAGAAAUAUGAUUCAAGAUCACAGAAUCUGCAUGGAGCUGAAAUACCUUCUGCACACCAAGGAUCAGUAUAAUUGUCUGAUUAGAGACAGAAAAACCCUGCUGUCUGAGCUGGACAAUGAGAUCCUACAGCUACAAAAGAAGGUUGAGAGGGAAGAAGUGAUAACAAAGAAAGUGAGGCAAGCAAACUGCGGUAAAUGGCUGCAAAAGCAGACUGAGAAACUGGAGUUGCAUCUGAACAAUGCCACUGUGCGUUUUGAUACCACCCUGACCAACAAUAAUAAGCUCCAAGAAGAGAUUGAAAACCUUCGAUUUCAGAAAGCCAUUUUGGACAACUUCUACUCAAAGCUCUAUAAGCACCUGGCCCAGCAGAAAAAGAGGAUGGACACUGCCAUACAGCAGACCACACAGGCACAAAAACAGCGGACAGAGUAUCUAGCAAGGAUUUCAGCCAUGAAUGAAAGGCGCAAACAAAACACUGCCCAGUUUAACAUUGAGAUGCAGGAGCGGGAACGAAUCCGUGACCAGGAGAACAAGCUGAAAAUCUUUGUGCUUACCAAAUAUACUGAUCGCUCUGAAAUGGAGGAACAAGCCAUAAAAAAGGAAGCCUUGAAGGCAGCUGAAAGGCUGAAGCGGAGUCAAGGGGAGAGCUUUGAGAGCCGGGAGGUGACUUACAGGCGACUGCUGGAGCUGGCAGAGAACAGAAACAUAGACCAGCUUGUGAAUGGCUUCAUUGAAAAGGAGGGGAAGAACUUUGCCUAUUUCAGCUAUGCCUCAGAGCUGAACAGUGAGAUGGAGAAGCUGCAGCAGAAGAUCAAGAACGUCCAGAAUGAAAUCACUCUCUUCACGACUGACCAGGAGAACACAGAGAGCAGCAGCCAUCAUGUCCUGAAGGAGUUAGAGGAACAGCUCAGUCAGAACACUGAGGCAGCCAAUGACUACGAAGACAGAUGCAAAGAAAGCAACAAAGUCCUUGGCCAGCUCAAAUCUGCCAUUGAGGUCCUGUUCAAAGAGAACAACUGUGAUGCUACGAAGAUCAGGGAGCAGCUUGGCGACAAUGGGCAGAUCACAGACCUGAAUCUGAUGCAGUAUUUAGGUCUGGUGGAGAAGAAGACCAAUGAGCUGCUGCUGAUGGAGUCCAUCCUGCUCUACAUGGAGGCUGAAGGCUCUGUGACAUUCGAGUCUUUUGACAACCCUCUGCUGGGUGGCACCAAGCUCCUACGUAGCAUGGAGCCAUCCAACCUCCACCCACCAGCUCCUGCCCUGCUAGGCACCAUUGAUGCUGCUGAUGCCUUUGAGGUACCCCUGGACCAUGAUCAGAUGCGUGAGCUGCUUCUCCCGAUAUACCAGAAGGAGUGAGGCAGUGUUGCCAGAGCGGACAAGAAGGGGAGGAAUGACAUAA